AUGGCUCAAUUACGUCGUUCUGCCCGAGUUCAGGCUUCUUCUACUGCCCAAACUGCUCCACCAGCGAAAAAACAAAAGACUGAGAGAAAGCCAGUCGAAGCAAAGCCUAAAACCGCCGAGCCACAGUUGGACAUUGGCGAUGCCAUUCCAGACAUCACCUUGGCCAACGAAAAUGGAGAGGAUAUCAAUUUGGCCGAGGAGGCGAAGAAGUCCAAGUUUGUUGUGAUAUUCGCUUAUCCCAGAGCCUCGACACCUGGAUGUACCCGUCAGGCUUGUGGAUUUCAAAGAAACUUUGAAGCUUUCAAAAAAUUGGGCGCAACUGUUUUUGGUUUGCUGGCAGACCAGCCAAAGGCUCAGCUUAACUUUGUAUCCAAGCAAGGUCUUGGAGUACCUGUUAUUGCUGGACCCAUCGAGAGAAUUGAUUGGUCGUUUAGGUGCCCGCAAAUCGCCUUCUGGUGUUAUCAGAUCCCACUGGGUUUUUGUUGA